AUGUCAUCGACUGCUGAACAGAUUGCUAAAAAUGCCCGUUUUGCCGGGAAUGUUUUGAAGACGCUAAGUAACGAAGACCGUUCCACGAUCCUGUACAAGAUACACGACGCUUUAAAGGCUUCUAAGAAUGACAUCGAAAGGGCUAAUAAACUGGACUUGGCUGCUGUAGAGGAGACAGGUCUGUCCUCGUCGCUUGUGAAGAGGUUAGAUUUGUUUAAAGGUGACAAGUUCGAUACCAUGUUACAAGGUAUCAAAGACGUCGCUGAUUUACCAGACCCUGUCGGUAAAGUCAACUUUGCGAGAGAGCUGGAUGAAGGUUUGACAUUGUACCAAGUGACCUCCCCAAUCGGUGUGCUGCUAGUCAUCUUUGAAUCUCGUCCUGAAGUGAUUGCCAACAUUACCGCUUUGUGCAUAAAGAGUGGUAACGCUGGUAUCCUGAAAGGUGGUAAAGAGUCGUUGAACACUUUCAAAGAAAUGGCCAAGAUUAUUAACGGCACGCUGGCCGAUAACGAAAAGACCACUGGCGUCCCAGUGAAUGCUGUCCAGUUGAUACAAACUAGACAAGAUGUGAACGAUUUGCUAAGCCAAGACGAAUUGAUCGACUUGGUCGUUCCAAGAGGUUCCAACGCUUUGGUCAGAAACAUCAAGAACAACACCAAGAUCCCAGUCCUGGGGCACGCAGAUGGUAUUUGCUCUGUUUACAUUGACGAGAAAGCGGACUUGGUCAAGGCAAAGAGAAUCACAGUCGAUGCAAAGACGAACUAUCCAGCUGGCUGCAACGCCAUGGAGACCCUACUCAUAAACCCUAACUUCCCUUCUUGGACGGAUGUUCUGACCAAUUUGGCCGAGCACGGCGUCACUCUGCAUGUCACCCAAGAAGUCAAGGAUGCAUUAAAGGAGCAAGGCAAGUUGACAGGGGAAACUGCUGAUAAAGUAGUCGACGCUAACGAAUCCGUCGAUUUUGACAAAGAAUUCUUAUCCUUGGACUGUGCUGUCAAAUUCACCCCCACGGCGCUCGACGCUAUUCAGCAUAUCAACUUGCACUCCUCCAAGCACACGGAUUGCAUUGUCUCCGAGGAUAAGCCAAAUGCAGAGAAAUUCUUAAAAGCGGUCGAUUCUGCGGAUGUUUACUGGAACGCAUCGACAAGAUUUGCUGAUGGGUUCAGAUACGGGUUUGGUACAGAAGUCGGGAUUGCCACGUCGAAGAUCCACGCCCGUGGGCCAGUGGGUCUUGAUGGGUUGGUCAUAUACCAAUACCAAAUCAGGGGUAACGGGCAAGUUGCCGGAGAUUACCUGGGCGCUGGUGGUAACAAAGCUUUUGUGCACAAGGAGAUUGACGUGAAAACUGUUACGUUAUGA